AUGAUCGACGUCAUAAUCAGACACCAAGCUUCCCCCCUCAUAGAAAGUGCUCUUGUAUAUCAAUCCAUCACAAUCAUCUUCGGCAACGCUCAUCUUCAAUCUUCCUUUCGAAAAAGGAAUGUCAUCCUCGCUGCGAUGAUGCGAACUCGAAUCCCGGGUUUGGUACCGCGAAUCUGCCAAACCCCUCUACCGUGGAAACGUCCUACACAAAUGACUCGAGUUCGCUAUGCGAGAUGGAGUACUUCACAUGCAGUGACAUGGCUCGAGACAGGACACAUUGAUCUGAAAGAGAACGAGGGACUCCUUUUUAUCAAUAAUAUCUUUCCGUCUAGACUCCAAUGGCUGCUGCGGGGUCCGCUGGGUGGUAUGCGUUCUUACGAGGCGGCCGUCAAGCGCAUCGACAGACCGCAUUUGGCUGCAUCGGAUACUUUUCAAAUCAUCCAACGAGUGGUUCCAAAGAACCUGAAUGUCCAAGUUAAAGAGGUUGUCCCGCGGUUCAGGGAAGGUGGCGCGUUUGUCAAGUACACUCGUCCAGGCGAUGUCAACGACGCCGACAUUGAAGCCUCUAUCAAAGAAAAUCUGAAAGAGCAUCCCAUUAGGCCCUGGUUCAAUCCUUUUCAAGAAGUUCAAGUAUGUCGGGUCAUUGGAAGGCCAUGGAUAGAAGAUCUCUAUCGCCUUCCAAGCCCCCGCCUCAAGGUUUCGUUCCACCCUGUGUCUCCCGAAGCAUCGGCAGCAGACCUGAACACGGAGACUCUAUACACUCUAUUUCGCCCCUAUGGGAAGAUCAGAGACAUAGAGACACAACCGUCUGACGGGAAGGUCACGCCCAGGUACGCCUAUGUGGAAUUCUCUCGGCCCAAGUACGCUGGAAUGGCGAAGAACUGUAUGCACGGAUUCACCAUCCCAGAACAAGAAGGUGGCGGCAAGUCGGGUACGCGGCUCAAGAUUAAGUACGAGCGGAAGAUCAAGCUGUCCAUGAUUAAGGACUGGCUUUUGAAUCAUCCCAGGAUCGUUAUUCCGGUGCUCGCCGCCCUCUUGGCCGCCAUCACCGUCACCAUCUUUGAUCCAAUGCGGACAUUUUUCAUCGAACUGAAAAUAAAGUCGACGCUUCAGACCGAAGAGAAUGGUGUGAUGCAAUGGAUCCGCAAACAGGUCAACAAGGCAAACAUCAUCUAUUUUGGUCGCAAAGGGGCGGAUCCUCGUGGGCUCACGGCCAUAUGGGAGGACCGUCAGGAAGACAUUACUCGACUGCAAUCCUGGCUAAUGGAAAAUGUGGAAACCUUCAUCAUUAUUCAUGGACCCCGUGGCUCGGGAAAGCGGGAGCUUGUAUUAGAUCGGGCCCUGGUCGAUUACAAAUAUAAGAUAGUAAUCGACUGUAAACAAAUCCAAGACGCGCGGGGAGACAGUGCGAAAAUUGCUAGGGCAGCCAGUCAGGUAGGCUACCGGCCGGUUUUCUCAUGGAUGAACAGCAUCAGCAGUUUUAUCGAUCUCGCAGCACAGGGCAUGAUUGGGACCAAGGCAGGGUUCUCAGAGACUUUGGACGCCCAGCUAAGCAACAUCUGGCAAAACACGGCUACCGCUUUGAAGAAAGUGACCUUGGAGCACAGGAAGAAGAAUGACAACGACUCGCAUCUGACCGACGAAGAGUAUCUUGAGGCUCAUCCCGAGCUUCGCCCAGUGGUGGUAAUUGACAACUACCUGCACAAUGCGUCCGAGAGCAGCGUUGUGUACGACAAAAUCACCGAGUGGGCCGCUGGCCUAACAGCCGGAAACAUUGCCCAUGUCAUAUUCCUCACGACCGAUGUCUCGUACGCCAAACCUUUGAGCAAAGCGUUGCCAAAUUCGGUUUUCCGCACAAUCACCCUGGGUGACUGUUCUCUGGAGGUCGGCCGGAAGUUUGUUAUGAGUCACUUGGCAUAUGAGUCAAAAGAUGGAAAGACUCAGCCACGGCGGGCUGAAGAGCUGGAGGACCUAGACGCUUGCAUUGAGGCCUUGGGAGGAAGGGUGACAGAUCUCGAAUUCAUGGCGCACCGUAUUGAGGCGGGAGAGACACCGCGAGGUACGUCGAGAGCAAGAGCACUAGUCACGUUCUAUGCUAGAUUACUAACAUACGCUCAAGGCGCGGUCAACCGUAUUAUCGAACAAUCGGCAUCUGAGAUUCUCAAGAUGUUCCUUUUGACGCCGGAAACUAUAGAGCAGUCGUGGACCCACGAACAGGCUUGGUAUCUGAUCAAAAGGCUUGCAGAGUCCAAAGAUGGUUCUCUGUCAUACAAUGAAAUUGUUCUCUCCGAGCUCUUCAAAGAGAAUGGAGAGAUCACCCUUCGCGCUCUUGAGCACGCCGAACUCAUUUCAAUCGCCGCCGUCAACGGCUGCCCCCAGAGAAUUCGGCCUGGAAAACCAGUCCUGCGCGCUGUUUUCAAGAAGGUCACCGAGAAUAAAGCAUUGAGCAGUCGCAUGGAUCUCGCGAUCAUAGCAAAGAAGAUCAACAAAGAGAAUAAGAGCAUCGAAAAAUAUGAGGAAGAACUUAGCUUAUUGGGCUCUCUGCCUAGGCAGCCACGGGAACUGACAGACCGAAUCCAAUGGUUGCUUAACAAAGUAUACAGUUCUCAAAACAAGAUUGCGAAAUAUGAGAAGGAAAGUGCAUACCUACAGAAGAUUCUCCGAAGCGAACAUUGA